CAUAAAUACGAGUUCGAAUUGGUGAGAGAGACGUGAACAAACAGGGCCAAAAGGUUUUUCUUUUUCCCCGCCAGCUGUUCCGUUUCAGCAACUGUGUGUGUGUGUGUGAAAUUAUAGAGAGAGAAUCUAGAGAGAGAGAGAGGGAGAUCUCCCGCCCCAUUCUCCUCCUCCCCUUGACCUCUCUACUCUUUCGAAUAAUUCGGCAUUCUCAUAAACCCCAAACUAGUCUAUAAUCUCAACGUCCGUUUUGUCUCAGUGCCGUCGAAGCACUCGAUCUGGUAGAUUCUGAUUCGGUUUAUGUUCGAUCUGAUUUUCCGCAUCUGGAUCACAUCGAAUCCGAAUCCGAAUCUAUUACCGGAUUUGCGAUCGUUUGACAAUGACGGCUGUGAUCUGAACGAAGUCGGUGAUGCUGCUACUGUUGACGGUAAUGUCGGUGGCAAUGGGAACAGCAAUGUCGGUGGGCAUGGGAAGGACGAUACUGAUGAUUCUUCCUAUGUAUUUGUCAACGGUAGUAUUGAGGCGGUUGCUGGUGAUCCUGCUGAUAAGGGGGGUAAUAAUGUAGAUGCUAUCUCUCCUAAAUCUGAUUCGGCUGAUGAAGUUGACCAAUUUCAGAAAAAAAAAUUAGGUUUAGAAAACGGGGAAAUACCUGUUGAUCCGUUGGUGUUGGAAACUAAUGGCAUCGUUAAUAGGUCUGCAACAGUAGGGGAUCCUGAUGUUAAAGCUGAUAAAGAUGAAGUGAAUCUUGAGAAUGGAUCCACUAUUGAUCCUCUUGUGCCGCUGGAGAGUAAUGGCAUUGCUCAGGAUGUUAAUGGACAUCUUGGCAAGAACACAGGGGAAGAAGAUCAAGUUGUUAAGAGCACUGAAAUGUAUGAUGCUAAUGGGAUCACAAAUGUUGAAGCCCAAACGGAUGAUAUUGUUUCUGGAAUUACUGUUGAUCCUGAGUCCACUCUAAACCCAAUAGAGAGUUCCCAAGUGACAGUCAUUGAGUCAGAGUCAAUGAAGGACUCGGAAUCUCAAGUGACAACCACUCAGUCUGUGUCCACGCCUGAUCUAAUCAACAUAACAGAUGAGUCAUUCUGUACUGCCAAUCCAGUUAGGAACACAGACUGUGAAGUGGUGGUUAAUGAUGGGCAGGAGUUUGUUAGCAAUCUGAUGGAUACAGCAGAAGGUCAAGUAACAAUUGAUGUGUCUAGUAAGCCAUCUGAAGAUUUGGAAUGCCAAGUAACAGCUGAUCUAUCAGAAUCUUAUGAAAGUCCACCCCAGGAACUAGAAGGUCAAGUAACAGUUGAUGGGCCUGGUAAGCUAGCUGAAGAUUUGGAAUUUCAAGUAACAGCUGAUGAGUCAGAAUCUUCUAAAAGUCCACCCCAGGAACUAGAAGGUCAAGUAAUAGUUGAUGGGCCUGGUAAGCCGUCUGAAGAUUUGGUAUGUCAAGUUAUAGCUGAUGAGCCAGAAUCGGAAAGUCCAAUCAAUGAACAAGAAUGUCAAGUUCCAGUCAACGGGUUAGACUCCAUUGACAGUUCAGUUGACAAUCAAGAAUCUCCAGUAUCAGUUGAUGUGUCAGAAUCUAAUGGUAAUCUUACUGAGGAAGUAGAUACCACUACAAAAGUUGAGUCCGAUGGAAAGUCAGAAGAGCAUCAGGACUUGUCAAUUGUUGACUCAGAGGUCAAUGUAGAAGCUGAACCAGAUAUUGUCUGCAAUGGGAUAGAAGCUGAGCAACAGAGUGAGUUGGUGUCAGCUCCCUGCGUAUCUGAGACCAAUAAAGCUGAAGAGACAGUGAUUGAGUCAGAAGCAGAACCCAAAGAGAAUCCAGACUCAGGACUUGUGUUAUCUGAGGGUGCAGAUAGUCUAACCAAUGGACAAGUUGAGAAGUCAGAUGGGAUUCUGGAGAUGGAAGAAACUCAGAUUUCUCAAACAGUGGCUGAUGACGAUGUACCUUUAAAGCUUGAUGCCGAGGAGAAAAAAUCAGAAGAGACACUUGAGAAACAAGUGGAGGGAAGCUCAGAAACACCAGUCAAAGCUACAGAACCUGUUGAGUUGGAGACAAACAUUCAAGAGAUGAAGGAACAUGUCAAGUUAGAAGAUGAGAUUCAGGAAUCACAAACAGAGGUUAUAGACAAUGUUCAAGAUGAUAUGAAUCAGGAGGAUAACACAGCAGAAUCCACCAUUGAGGCUGAAGCACCAUUGGAGACAGAAACUAGCAUUGAGCCCAUCACUCAUGAGGAUACAGUUUCACAAAUUGAAGUCAACAAUUGUGUUGAUGAAACUCAAGAAGGCUUCCAACCAGAUGAAAGUGCUGAAAAUGUUAAAAUCUUGCCUUCCACUGAUUCUAUGGAAUCACAAUGCAAUAGUGGUGAGUUGCUUGUUGAGAGGGACAGUGCUUUGCUUUCUAAUCCUGUUGAGUUGACAGUAGUAGAAACGAAGCUUGAUGUUGCAGCAGCUCAUUUGGUUACAGAGAAUGGAUCUGUGAUUGAAAAUGCUGAUGUCCCUGAUGAUAAUGAAGAAAAAGAAAAAAAAGUUGAGGACACUCCUGUUGCAGAUGAUUCCACAUCAAGAAUCCCUGAAGCAUAUGUGAACUCUGGAGCUGUGAUUGAAUUUGGCUCAAUUGGGCGUCAUGAAACAGUUCCUAAUAUGCCUAAUGGUGAUAUCAUUGCUGUGCCAGAUGUCAUAAAUGGGGAGACCAAACCUGCUUCUGGUAUUGAUAGUGACAAUUCAGAACAAAAUGUUGAUGACAAAAUGUCUUGUCCAGAAACCGAAGACAUGAAUGGCAUUCAAAAGGAUGAGAUUCCUACAUCUUCUGUAGAGGAUUAUGUAAGUGAUGCUCCUGAUGCACAGAAUGAAGAGGAAGAAGAAGCUGAGGUUCUACCAUAUAAUUUCUUAAUUAGGAUUCCAAGAUUUGAGGAUGAAAUGUUUAAAGAUCAGAUUAGAAGUGCUCAGUUGCAAGUUGAUGAGAAGACACGCCUCCGAGAUGCAAUCCGAGUUGACAUUCAAAGCAAACGUGCAAGGUUGAGAGCCAUUAAUGAGGCAUUUAAUACAGCAAAACAAGAGGAAACAGCUGCAAGACGGUUAGUUAGAUUAAAGCGACAGGAAAUAGACUCUGUUCAGGCUGUCAUCAACCGCUUGAAGAAUGCAGAGUCUGUUGGAGAUAUUAAUCACAGGAUAUACAAUAUGGAGCACAUGAUACAACAUGAAACAUUGUCUUUAAAAGAUGAGAAAAACCUCAUUCGUGAGAUUAAACAGCUUAGGACUCUUAGAGAACAACUAGCCUUGAAUAUGGGGAGCCAAGAUGAAAUUCAACAGGCUAUGGAUCAAAAAGAUCAAACUGAGGAACAUAUGAGGACUUUAAGGAAGGAACUGGACGCUUUAAAAGUAAAGCUAACAAAAGCUGAAGCAGCUACUGCAGCAGUGGGAACGAAGUAUGAUGAGCUAAGCACAAAGGAAAGAGAACUGCAAGAUCAGUUCAGAGCUGCGGAUGAUGUUCGUCAAAAAGCAUAUGCUCAUUUAAAUAGUUUGAAGAAACAAUCAUAUGACAAGAACAAAAACUUCCGCCUGUACAAGGAAGACGUAAUGGCAGCAAGAGAUUUCGCAUCACGUGGAGAUAAAGACUCACUUCAUCGUUUGUGCGCGAAUCAGGUGGAGGCAUUUAUGGAACAAUGGAACAACAAUGAUGAGUUCAGAAAUGAUUACGUCAACAGGUGCAAUAUGAAUGCAACCAGAAGACAGAAAUAUUUUGAUGGAAACUCACUCAGUCCUGAUGACGUGUCACACGUCCUCCCGCCCAAUGAAACAGUCAACAGGAAUCUGGUUUCCAUUCCGACGGACGCGAAGCCGGUGUCAGUUAUUCCAACCGUGAAACAAGAAACCGCGGUUUCACUUUCCUAUUCCGAAGAUAGUAAACCCAUCGAGCAAGUAACGGUGGAAAAGAAUCAGACAUUGAAAACCAAAGAUGUUAAAAAGGAAAGUGAAAGUGACAUGUCAGCAGCUGACAUUAAUAAAAAGGAGGAAGCGAGAAAAGAGGAAAUGGAAUUGGCUAGAAAAGCUGAGGAAUUGAGGAAACAAGAGAUUGAAGCUAAACUGAAAGAGCAACGAAGGUUGGAGGAAAAAGCUAAAGCAACGGAAGCAUUAGAAAGGAAGAAACGUAUCGCUGAAAAGGCCCAACUCAGGGCCGAGUUGCGGGCCCGCAAGGAAGCCGAGCAAAAAGAAAAGGAGAGGGAGAAGCGGAUGAGAAAGAAGGAAAAGAAGAAGGCGGGUGGAGAUGGGAGUGUGAAUGGAGAAGAAGCUGCAAGUUCAGAAAGCUCAAACGAGGCUACAACUAAAGAAGACAUCAACAACAACAGUAACAAUAACAAUAACAGUGUGAUGAAAAAGAAAAAACCGCCAGCUCAUUUCUUUUCAAAGCAGCUGAAACCAAAACCGGUCCCACCGCCAGCUUCAAUCAGAAACAGGAAGAGGUGGCAUCAGUGGGUGAAACUCGCAAUGGCUGCUAUUGGUGUCCUUGCUCUGUUUCUUUUGGGUAACACCGGCUUCUUUAUUAAUCUUAAGGUCCACAAGACCGAUGGCAGUGCUGGCAUCUGAAUGAAAGAGAUAUAGAGAAAGCGUUUUUUUUUUUUUUUUUUUUUUUUUGGUUUCUUGGAUUGCCCUUUUUUUUUUUUUUUUUUUUAAAUAUAUAUAUAAAUGAUCGAUAGAGAUAUGGAUUAAGAGAUUUAAUAAGGUUGGGGGUUUGUUUAAAGUAGUUAUGAGUAAAGUUAUAGACUUGAGAGAGUAUAUGUAAUAUGGAUAUGGAAAAAGUUGGAAAAUAUAAUAGGGGACAAUGGACUUCCUUUUCGUAAGUGGAAUUACUUUAAAGAUAUUAAUAAGCUU